GAGGCGCGGCAUGUUUGAAUGUUGACAGCAGUAGCUCGCGUGGACACAAAAGUAGCGACCAAGCGUUUAUCCGUUUAGCAAUUGUCCAUACAUUCAUACUUGAAAGUGGCCGAUUUAACUCUACAAUGAGGAGGAGAAGCAGCACUAACGGCAGCAGGAGAAGCUCUAUUACGAAACAACGAAGUGAUAAUCGAAGUUUUGACGAAUUCGGUUUUGCCCUAACUAAAAGAAAGGACCAAAAGCUCUAUCAUCGAUGUCACGAUUACAGAUACCCCCAGAUGAGCCCAGCCAGGGUCAAGGAACUGUGUGAGCUCCUUAGCUACUGGAAGUGCGGCAGCUUCAUCUGCAGAAGUCAGAUAGAACGCUAUAUCAGGAUGGGUAUUCCUCCUAGUUUACGAGGUCGGGUGUGGAAGUGUCUGCUCGGCAUUGACGGCCAGAGAGAAACCAGUGACUUUAACUACCAGAGCUGCUUGUCAGAGGUGCGGGGUCCCCUGGUGGAUCUGGGGGUCAGUGAGUAUGGUAUCCUCUCUGCUAUAGCUACGCUGAGCGACACCCAGAAUGACCUCGGAUCAACCGAUCAGCCGCUUUCCAGUGGCCUGGACCCAGGUUACUCCAGGGAUGACGUCACGCUAUUUCGACAGAUCGCUCUUGACCUGCAGCGUUCCUUCCCGUCCCACCGCUCCCUGAUGGGGGACAGUCCUGAGGCCAUCGAGGGUCAGGCCAAACUCUUCAGGGUCCUCAUCGCCUAUGCCAAGUACAACCCAAAGAUCGGAUACAGCCAAGGGAUGUCCUACCUAGCUGCAGUGCUGCUGAUGCAGUUGGGAGAGGAAGAAGCCUUCUGGGCCCUGGUGGUUCUGCUGGAUAAGCCCAAAUACCUGGCCCAGCUGUUUGACCUCAACCUCACCGAGGUCCAGCAUCAAGUGAAGGUGAUUCAUUAUUUCCUGAAGCAUAGGAAGCCACAGCUUUCGCAGCACUUGGAGUCCAUGGGUGUGUCCUCGGUGCACUUCAUCAUGCCCUGGCUGCUGACCCUCUUUACCUCUCUGCCCUGCUGGGACUCUGUGCUUGCUGUAUGGGACCUCAUCAUGCUCAACGGUGUGUGUGUGGUGUUUCAGACCUCUUUGGCCAUCAUGGAGCUCCUGGAGCCUCUUCUGCUGGUUCUGAAUGACGAGACCACGGUGCUGCCACUGCUCCUCAGAGUCCCUGUCAACAUUGCCCAGUACUCCGUUUUGGUGCCAGCCCUAUGGAGCACGGAGGUCCAAGACUGGGAAAUAAAGUGCAUGAGCAGCCUGGUGCUGGACGACACACUGCACGGACCUACUGCUGAGAGGCCAGGACCAGAGGCUCAUUUAAUAAAUCCGAUCCACGAUGAGGAGCACAAGGAGAAGGAGAACAUCGCAACCCCUUCCCAGCAAGAACAGAAGGCAGGGAAGGGCGAGUACACCGCUUCUAGCCAUUACUAUCAUGUAGGGGGAUCUCAUUCACUGGCCCUGUAGUUCUCUUUAUGCCUAGUCGCUUGUGGUAAGACAGGGUUAGGUCUAGAGUUAGUACAGGUCUUUGAAAGACUUAUAUUUUGGUAACUAGCUAACUAGUAUUAAAUCCCUGCAUUGUUAUGACCAGAGUGAAUCACGAGAGACGGGCCAUGCCUGCCAUCUGAGUUUCGUGGUUGGUUCUUUAAAAACAAUAGGCCUUACUUAAUAGUAGCAAGACGUUUUUCCAGGUAAACCAGAUAAUCUUGCUGAACGAAGUGCAGGAGGAAUACCAUUUGAGAUUUAGUAUUUGAUUAUACAAUUCAUGAAACAUGCUGUUCAGCUUUUUUCAGCGUGAUAUGCCUAUUUUAUAUACCAUUGUAUGUGUUAAAAAAAUGAAAAGAUACCUUCACGUUUUUCAUCCCGGACGGGAAAUUCGGGGGAAAUUCAUGAUGUCUUGAACUUUUGGGACUUUUUACAAUUUAAUAUUGAAAGUCAAACUUGCCUUCACUUACUGCGGGUAUGACUUCACUAGCGACAAGAAAUGGCUUGUCUCAUGAUGGUUCUAAAUCAAAACUAAACUAUCCAGUGACACAAGAUUCCACAUCGUUGGGUUUCUACGCUCUGAUACCUGUCAAAGUCCAGUGCAAAGACAUAGUGGCACUUAAAGUUACAAUAGAGUGUCGAGAGAGAAAAGGUAAACUUUACUGUACAAAGAAGGGGAGAGGGCUGCCUAGUAUUGCCACUUAAUCACUCCUCAGCAGGCCCGCGGCAGCGAACCCUCUUCAGGACAAAGCAAAGGCAUUCUUUGACUGGUGAAACAAGAAAGAAAGAAAGAAAGACUAUCCUUGUUUCCACCUCUUCACUAAAUCAAAUGUAAUUGAAUCCAAACUAGGUAGACUUAUAGGCAAACCUUUUAAAGCUUUGAAAAUAAUGGAGAAAAAAAGAUUGGCCUGAUGCGAUGGCCUGUCAGUUUUGGCCGCUCCACUCUUUCUCUUGAUAUCUUUCUCUAAAUCUUGUCUCAAUAUUGUCUGCCGUAUUGUUUGUGUUAUAGUGCAUGUGGGUAUGUGCAUCAUGUGCUUGCUGGCGCACAACCAUGAGGAAAACGAGCGCUGGAUGAGUGCAUCACUGUAUUCACAGCUUGUUAGUCUACCCCCUGUGUAAAUAUGGUGAGCCACCGAUAACAUUCAUUUGUGUCACACAAGGAUUCAUUCUCUCACGGCGACAGACAUGCAUACAAUCACACACACGCAUACCUGCACAAACGCACGAGCACACACUGAAGGACAGGGUAUUCAAAAUUACCACUUUGCUGGUCAUUUUGCUCAACUAACAGCACUUGAAAGAACAGUACAUUAUGCUAGAAUGGCAAACUAUGAGGCAGACUUCUUCUGCAAGAUAAUGCUAAAAUCCUCUUCAAUUAAAUUUGCUUGUCCAAAUGUGAGAAUGGCAUAUUGAUUGUAUUGCUUAUAGCUAAAGAACUUAAUAAUUUUUUAAUGAAACAGAUUGGCAUCUGAAUAAAUUGGAGACUUUGUUGAUACUAUAUACCUAGUUUAGAUACAGUGUGACAGUUUAAAUUCAGUAUACCUAGUUUACUCAUCGUUAAAUGUAACCAUUCCGUGUAGGUGAAUUGUGGAUUCAUUUCCUCAGAUUUGCUAUCCAACAUAUAAUAACGGACUCCAUUAACGGCACCCAUAAUUCAAGACUUGAAGCGGCUGGCUGUUGAAACAACAACAGUAUAAAGUAGCAGGCUGCCAGUGAGCCGAGGUUUUGUGCCUCUGCGUCUACUUUUUAUCUGUAAAGUGUUUAAUCCACAGUCAUCCCAGGGCAGCUGAUCAUUGUUUUAGUGUAAGCCUCAGCUUGAACCGCUGUCCACAUACACGUAUAUUACCCCCACCCUCUUCUGGUUACUAGGUGGAAAACAACACAUGUUUGUUGCGUUACCUUAGAUAACAAAAACAACUGUAGCUGUGCAAAGUUAAACAAAAGACAUAAAGUUUAAUGAGGAGUUAAGAGUACCUAGUCUUUUCUUAUGCUUUCAAUACGCUUGCCCUCAAUCACUCGGCCCCUCAUUCUUCCCAGCUGCUAGUAUGAAUUCCGGACAAAGGGUAGGCUUAAAGGUGAGCUCGGUCGGAAGGCAGAGUAAGCCUACCUUUCUUACCUUUUCAAAGUGUGGCACUGAUGUAUACCUGUACUGGAUUGGAACUUGAAAUGGGGCAAGUUGAAACAAUAUCUGAAAUCCCCCAAAACAAACAAGCUCACUAUAUUUAUCAGUUAGUCCAUGAUGUAUAUAUCCCCCCCUCUAACAAACUAUACCAUUUAGACAUUUAUUGGGAACUCCUCAUAAUUCAAGCAGAGUUCUAGCUGGUUAGUCCAAAAUGCCUAUCUUCAAGCAAAGGCAGUUGAAGGCUUUGUGUCCUAAUGUGUGUUACACACCCCAUUUUGCUGGUUCCAAAAGGCAUUUAUUGUUAUUCAGUCUGAUCGUUUCAACAUGCCCCAUGUCAACGCUCUGAAAUGUAUUGUUGGUCAUGUAACAGCUUAUUAUUUUUUUUUUUAGGGGCUAAGGGUGUGUUGACCCGGCUGAUGCGGCUAGCUCAGCGCAACCUCCUGGACCCAGCAACCCGCUGGAGGGCGGAGCGGAAGACCCCGGCCAGGCCGACCAGCCCUGUGCCGGGGCCCUUCCACCACAAGGGCCGCGUCUCCGCCUCGCUCACCAAAGCCCGGGCCAAGUCCAGGAGGCGGUGCAUGCAUAGGGGUGGUUCCCACUGUACUCCAGUGGGAGGGGCCAGCGAUGACGUUGCCGUGGCGCCCACACCCGGAAUGGAUGCAGCCGUUGCCAACAAAGAAGUCAGGCCGGAGCGAGCGUUCAAGAGAACCAGCACGGGGCCCGUCGGCAAGGUGGCCCGGCGCCGCAGCAACAGCGGAGUCGUACAGCCAAUAAGAGCCAAGUCCUUCCAGUCGCCGGGCAACGCGAAGCCGAAUGCACGGGACGCGCGCCGCCCGGCUCCCUCCUCGUCGGCGCUACCGCCGUCCCUCCGAAGCGUCACUUUCCCAGCAUGCACUCCUCCGUCACGGCGCCC